UCCCGGCCACCUCUGAAGACUUGUUGGAGUUGUUACACUGCAUGAUAUAAGAUGGCAACGACGAUCCGACGUAGUAAUAACAAUGACGGAUUGAACGUUGGCAAUGGCACUGGAUUUCGGAUUCCUCCUGUGGUAAUAGUGAUAGUGUUGAGUUUGUGUUGGAAUAUCUUCAAGGCCCAAAUCAAGAAUUGGUAUGCUUCUACCGGUACUGCCACUAGUAGAUCUAGUAGUAGUGGGAAUGAUGAUGGUAUCACGUUGACCGAUUUGUUGGCAUCAGGACAAGUGAUUCCAUCUUCAUCUUCUUUAGAUGUUAUUAGUAGUGGUGGUCUGUUAGUGCAAUCCAAUUUUGUGCAAGACCCAGACUUGCUAGAGCAGUUCCGAAAUCCUCAACUGUGGGAAUCCUGUGUGUCCAAGUCUCAACAGAAUCAAUGCCAAUGGCUGGAUUUGGGUGCCACGCCAUCGUCAGUGUGGGAAGAAAUGGCCAUUCGAAUUUGGAACAGUCAUCCCACCAUCUUAUCCAAAAAAAGAGAUAGCGAUAGCGAUACUAGCGAUACCAAGGUAGAACUGGCGGGGUACGAGUACUGGUGCAACAUUAUCCGCCCUCACAAUCCACUCGAAUGGCACGUCGACAAGGACGAAGUCGAAUUUGAACUAUCGGAAAUGACAAAUCUCAAGACGCCCUACAUGGGUGCCGUCUGGUACGGAUACCCGCAUCAAAUGGCACCAUCAGGCGAAGGAUAUCUAGAAGUGCUGUCGUAUGAUCCCUACCAAAUUCCAGAUCCUACCGAGUUGGCAGAUCUACCCCAUCAUGUCGAACGCAUUCGCCCACACUACAAUCGACUCGUCUUUCUCAAUGUGUCACAAUGGCAUCGAGUCACACCCAUUACCAGUGGUGCUAGAUAUACACUGGCCGUCAAUGUAUGGACGCAACGGCCACGGGAACCGCCGGAAACUACUACAAGUACAGCAACAGCAACAUGAGGCUGGCAGUCAAAAGUUUGAAGACAUGAUUAUGCAUAGAUGGGGCAAAAAGCUGGAAGGAAGUUUCCAUCGUCUACUAGCUAGGUAUUGAUUGCCCGGGUUUCGUCAGUCAACCAUCAAUCGCACUAGCUAGGUUACAUGUAAACAAUCCCAAUGGUUUUGUGCAGCCCGCUCAGUAUUGCUCUGCUCUGAACCAAUAGCUACGGUACAGUACCAGUAGCUGGCUAGCCUACUAGCUAGUACCGUAUAUUGACGGGUUGGCUAGGUCCCCUCUCGUUUCGAGAGAAUGCAAUCAUGCAACCACGGAGCAGACAGCACCCAGUCCAGCCAGAGACUUUUCACAUCAUAUUAUGGAAGCAUCCUCCUUGACUCAGCCACUUGGCUGGUGAACGAAAAAGGGCUCGAAUCGAAUGCACACUGCACGGACAUGAUCAUGGUUCGGUUUGGGAAAUGAAGCUCCCUCCCUGUAACCCCUCUGACUGCAUACGCCUCACUCUAGUACGGUACUGCCUUGCUAUCGUAUGAAGGAGAGCCCCAACUGGUAGCCAUCCCUAUGUCUUGCACUAUGGGGUUGGUCCAGUCACCGCCACCCUUCAGCGCGAUGUCAGAAACCACUUGUGACAGGGCGGGCAAAAGAACGCUUCAAGCUUCAACAAGUCGCUCCGAUCAUGCCCGCCACAUCGAUUGCGUUCCAGCCGCGGACCACUCUCUAUCUAGUGUUGUUUUGGGUUGCUUCUAGUCAACCGGUAGACAGAUGCUGAUAAGCAGAUGCUGUCUUGCAAACAGAACAGGGAUCAAACGCAAGAUCCCGUUCCGAGAGAGAGCAGAAAGACCGGACAGAGAGCAAAUUGGGCCAGCUGAGUCGAGUCCAAACUUGUUUGCUCGACUGUGACUCGAUCGUCGAUCGAAAAUAGCAACCACAUACCGGUACAUGUAGACUCGGAUGCUAGCUACAUGUGCUACCGUUGAGAAUGCCCGCAGCCAUCAUUAAAUUUUGCUAUUAGUGGUAUGCAUGUCUAGUCUGUCAUCAGAUUCUAUAUAUGGACACUUGUACCGUAGUGAUCGGUACCGGUGGCUAUAGCUACUAGCUAGCUAGCAAGAAACCAGCUCAAAUGCGGCAGCCUUUCCUCCUUGGCAUGGACCAUGCAUCCACCGAGAUUUUCGUUGCCUUGGCGAUGGUGACCAUUCCUGCUCACUCUGUUCUAGCUAGCUAAAGAUUGAGCAAUACAGCUCGCCACUUGCUAUUGUACCGUAUGGUCGAUUGCUUGCUCCUUCAGCCAGCCAACAAGGCUUCUUCAGUAGUCUAGUAGUCUAGUUUACGUUAUGCCAUGA